AUUAAUAAUUUAUUAUUUUCCAGUAAAUAGAUAUGCUUUUAUAGUUGGGAUCCCUUUAACUAACUGUACUAAUAUACAUGAUAUAUGCAUACCAUCCAUAUAAUUAUAGAAAUUUAGAUACGUAUGUUUGUGUGCGUGUGUGCGCGUAUUGUUUGUUGAUUGGUUUUAUAAAAUGUAUUUCAUUUAUUCCUAUAGUACACUUUCAUUUACAUUUUACUAUUAAAAGCAUUGAAAUUCAUGUCAAUAUAAGACAUUAAAUUAUCAGUGUACUCAUCAUUAUUAUUCAUUAAAGAGUUUAAAUAGGCAUAAAAUGGAACCAUUUGUACAAGUAUUCUUUGCUAUUGACAAAGAUGGAACUGAAACUAUCACAAUAGAUGAAUUGAAAAAGUAUGUUGCUGAUAAUAAUCUUGAUGAAAUGAUGGUUACAGUAAGUUUAUCAAUAAUUUAUUACAUAUUUAUGCAAAAGUUUUUGAAACACUAUAAAAGUUUUAUAUUAUUCAAUUAUUGUUUAAGGCUAAAAGGAAAGAAAAGAAAAAUAAAACCUCUAUGGAUACUGAACAUUCUGGGAUACUUGCUAAAUUCAUUCUAUUUAGUAACAAACAAAAGAGAAAUAAUUUAAUAUAGAUUGAUUUAAUUUAAUAUAAGGAAGUAUUGAAAUUGUAUAUUAAGUUCCUAUUAAGAAAAAUACGUGUUCAUUUCAAUUUAGAUUAUAUAAAAGAAAUAUUAGUAGAACUUUGGACAUUAUGUCAACUCUCAAGUUAUAAUUUGACUAAAUUUUGUUAGAUCUUAUAGGUACAUAGACUUAUAUGACAUAUUCUAUUGUCUUAUAUAUAUAUAAUCUUUAUAGUCUUAUUCACAAUAAAAGUAGGUUUUCAUCCAUCAUUUGUCAAAACCAUGUGAUCAGUAUUGAGAGUACGUUUUUUGUUUAUAUUAGUUUUUCAUUAUAUGAAUGAUUGAUAGAUUGACUACGUCUACUUAUGUAUUUUAACAAUACAACAAUUUUCAUCUUUAUGUGAUAAAAAACACUAGGAUUUAGAAUAAUUACAGACAUAUAUGUAUAUGCUACACAUAUAAUGGAUAGUAAACAUUAUUCGAAAUUAGAUUCACUUGGUAUUGUUUACUUAAAUCUCCCCAUUGAUAUUUAAGACUUCAAUUGAUCAGUCUGUUAUUAGCAUAUGUGCAUACUGUGAGUAAUGCCUCAAUAUUGCCAUGAUUCACAAGCAUUAUAAGCAAAGAUAGAUAGUAGCUAGCAGUGGAAUCCAGGAUGCAUGUUUCAUCCUAUUUGAGACUCGUCAUUUCGAUGUACCUGCAUCCCAGAGUUGAUGUUCACUCUGGGACUCUAAUCAGUACUGUUCGCUUCAAAUGCCAUCGCGUUGUCCACUUAUCUAUUGAUUCCUGAUAGCCACUUGCUUGUGCAAUUGAUUAUCGAUCUAUUAAUGAAACUCGGUUUCAUUUGAACCAUUCUCUUAUGAAAUUAAGCUAAAUAUGUAAUAUGUUUUUAUUCAACACUGAAACGAAAUGACCUCGUUAAUCAUUUGAAUAAUUAAAUCUAUAAAACGUAACAAUAAAUAUUAACAGUGGAACAAACUAGAUGUAAAUGUAAUUAAUACUACAGUUUCUUCAGGAUACAAUUAUGGUAUGAAAUUUAUUUUUAGUAGAAACAUAGUGAUUCAUAUUUUUCACAACAGAAUUAUUUCAGCAUGUUUGGCCAAUAUUUCAAUAUUUAUUACAGUAAUAAUUACAAUGUCAUAGAAAGUUACUAUUUACAUUACUUAAUAGCUUAGCAACAACAAUGUUAUGUUUUCUGGUUCCAAUCGGUAACCAUUAUGCAGUCCUACAAAUUGUCAGUCUUAAAAUGAUCAAGUCACUAAUAAUAUUACUCAAUGUGAUACUGUAUAACAGGGUUUCAGUAAUGUAAUGCAUAUCACAUUGUUAAAUAUUACCAAUAUACAUUAAUGAUGAAUUUUAACUGGAUUAAAAUGUAUGUCACGAUUUUUAUCCCGAUUACUUGCAACUCCGUUACUGAACUUUACUAUAGUUUCUAGUGCGUUGUUGAAUUACUCUUCAAAAAAUUACAAAAAUAUAUUUAAUACAAUUGAGUAUUUUAUACAUACUUUAUGUAUUAAUACGUAUUUUAUUGAACAAUCAUUCUUUCUUAUACGAGACUUUUAAUAACAAUUGUGAAUUGGUAUUCUAAUCAUGAUUAACUAAUCCAUUUGCAUUCUCUUUAGUCUUUUUCUAUUAAAAUUGAAAGUAACAAUAUAAAAAACGUAGAUAGAAAAAGAUAAUUUAUUCCAAUUAUUAGUAUUAUUUACAUUUUUUUCGGGGGGGGGAGGGGUAGAGUAGGGUUAAGGUUGGAUUCAUACUUAUUUACUUUUUAGUUUGUGCUUGUCAUAUGUAAAAUUAUGACAUUGAAAAUUCAACUCAACUCUUAAUAUUUGUUUUUCUAGAUAAAAGAUGUUUCUAAUACAGUAUGUUGGUAAAUGUCUUUGUCAAAAAUGAAGUCGUUGAUUUUAUUUAGAUAAAAUAGAUGUCAGAUCGAAAGAAUGGGCAAAACAAAUGUUUCGUGUUAAGUAAUUAUUUGCUAUAUGAAUACCAUUGUGGUAUUUUCAAGACUAGUUAAAAUCGUAUAGUUUUUAUUAUAUUGUAUAUAUAUAUAUGUUUGGACCUUGGUAUACAGAUAUGAUCAGUUUGCUAUAAAGUGUAAGUAACACUCAAUAAGGUUUGGGUAUAUUAUUUGAAAAAAAUGUAAUCUAUUAGUUACUGUAAGUGUUUAUUGAUCACAGAGUAAAAGAUUCAAGCGAAAUGCAUGUGAUAUAAUACGUUCGUAAUACAAACCGUAGUCAUAAAUUUUGUGAGAAAAUAAUUAUCUUUAAUCACUAUUACCAUACACCAAGAAUAUGUCAUAACUAGGAAAUGAUUAACACUUUUUAACUAAAGAUGAUUAUUUCAUUUAUCACAGUAUAAAACGGUUGAAUUAGUGGAUCUACUUUAAUUUAGUUGAUGACAUACUGUGAUCUUCAUCUAAUUUCGUCAUUAGCAUAAUUAUCACACAACGAAUUUGAUGGGUACCAUCAUUUUGUACUUUUGGAUUAGGACGCAACUACUGAUGUAGUACUUGGUACUUCUGUUUUACUAAAUCUUCAAUUAAAAUCAGUUUACAAAAGAAAUUAUUUUCAAAUUGUACUAAAAGACUUGAUGAAGUCAGUUUGAUAAAAUAGAAGAUUAACUACUAUUCAAAAAUUUAAUGAUAUAAUAAACAUUCAUUGUGUUUAGUUGAUAAUUUGUAUAUGCAUAUUAUAAUGCAUUAGUUAAUUGUUUUCAUUUAUAGUAAACUGUUUCUCAGGUCUAAACUCAAAUAUUUUUCAAAUGUAUUUCAUGUUCCCUUUAUAUUCGAUGCUUUACUAUCUUUUAGAAAUGGAAAUCAUUAUUUGAUGCCAAAAAUACUGGGAAGAUAACGUUUAGUACUUUUUGUGAAGUAUUGGGUUUAAGUCCUGCACAAGCAGUAGCCAUGAAAACACAACAUCAACAAUCAGCUUCUGCGAAACUUCAUCCAGAUGUUGUUGUAAUCUAUGAACAGCUUCCAUUGGAUAAACAAAUUGCUAUCAGUAAUAAAGCAAUUGAAAUCUUAACAUCUCCAAAGAAAUUAGAUGAGAAAGAUCAAGCUGUUCAAUUGAAACAAUGGUUAGAUAACACUUACGGUAAAGCAUGGCAUGUUGUCAUAGUUAAAGGAUCAUUUUGGAGUAGUUAUUCACAUAGUGCUAAUAAGUGUUUUAUAUUUCGUGUACGUGAUGUAUCUUAUCUUAUAUGGAGAACACCAGAUGAAGAAAUAACCAGUACAUAGUUAAGUAACUAGAUAACUUGAAGAAAAACAAAUAAUUUAAAAUGAUAGAUAACAGAUGUUUUUUUCGUAACAUAAAAUAACAAAUACUAUUAUGAUGAAGAUGAUAUCCGGGGAUAAUUACUUUUUCUUAAAUUUUACCUUUAAAAGAAUAUGAUUCUUCAAAUUAUUUGUUUUAAUGCUUAUUUAAUUGAAAACACUAAUAGAUAACUUGUAUCUAGCCCAAAUAAAUUCAUUAUUCAUCAAGUGAUCUGAUAUUUUGUUCAA